AUGGAUACAAUGGAUGCACCCGUUCCGGAAGUUCGAACCGAAGGCGAACCUGCUGUAGCGGAGGAAUUAGGGCAAAAUGUUGAUCAGGUCAUCAUGAAGGUUGAUGAGAUUAUAUCAGAGAACAGAGAAAGGAGUCCAAAUAACCAGCUCCAUGUGAUAUAUAUCAAGAGAGAAAAGCUCCAAGUAUCAAUAUCAAUGUUUGAAACUGAUUUUGUUCUUUAUCGGUGCCCUAGUAUGGAAAAAGUUGAAAUGGGUAGUUAUAUGGGAAUUCCUGAUUCCAAAGGUGUGUAUAUAACUUAUAUUGCAGAUGUAGUGUAUAUUUGGGUGGGGCGAACAAGUGGGGAAGAUGAUGAUAACCAGUGGCAGAUUGUUGGUGAUGACUUCAUUGUUAGAAAAGGUCUGGCAACAAGCUCUAUUGUUCAGGGGACAACAUCAGUGGUACUUGCAGGGCUUAUUUCUGCUCUAAAAUUAGUUGGUGGAACAUUGGCAGACCAUAGAUUUCUAUUCCUUGGAGUUGGAGAGGCUGGCACAGGAAUUGCUGAACUUAUAGCUCUGGAGAUAUCAAAGCAGUCGAAUCUUGAAAGUCUGGCCACCUGGGAAGAGAAGCAAAUGUUCAAACAGUUCAUGGAAGACCAUAACACCGCCACCUUUGGAUUUUGCAUUCAGUAG